AUGGUCCACAGUCCAUGGUCGACAGUCCACAGCCAACAGUCCACAGGGCACAGUCCAUGGCCCACAGUCCACAGCCAACAGCCAAUAUUCAACAGUCCACAGUCUACAGGGCACAUUCCACAGUCCACAGUCCACAGUCCGCAGUCCAUAGACCACAGUCCUCAGACCACAGUCCACAGUGCACAGUCCACAGUCAACAGUCAACAAUCAACAGUCCACAGUCAACAGUCAAUAGUCAACAGUCAGCAGUCAACAGUCAACAGUCCACAGUCCACAGGGCACAGUCCACAGUCCACAGGGCACAGUGCACAGUCCACAGUCCACAGUCCACAGUCCACAGUCCGUAGUCCGCAGUCCAUAGUCCACAGUCUACAGUCUACAGCCCACAGUCCACAGUCCACAGUCCACAGUCCACAGUCCACAGUCCACAGUCCACAGUCCACAGUCCACAGUCCACAGUCCACAGUCCACAGUCAACAGCCAACAGUCCACAGUCAAUAUCCACAGUUCACAGUCCAGAGUGCACAGUCCACAGUCCACAGUCCACAGUCCGUAGGCCGCAGUCCACAGUCCACAGUCUACAGUCUACAGUCUACAGUCCACAGUCCACAGUCCACAGUCCACAGUCCACAGUCCACAGUCCACAGUCCACAGUCCACAGUCCACAGUCAACAGUCAGCAGUCAACAGUCAGCAGUCAACAGUCAUCAGUCAACAGUCCACAGGGCACAGUCCACAAUCCACAGUCCGCAGUCCACGAUCCACAGUCAACAGUCAACAAUCAACAGUCAUCAGUCAACAGUCAACAGCCAACAGUCCACAGUCAAUAGUCAACAGUCAACAGUCAACAGACAACAGUCACAGUCCAAAAUUCACAAUACACAUGCCACAGUCCACAGUUCACAGUCCAGAGUGCACAGUCCACAGUGCACAGUCCACAGUCCGUAGUCCGCAGUCCACAGUCCACAGUCUACAGUCUACAAUCCACAGUCCACAGUCCACAUUCCACAGUCCACAGUCAACAGUCAGCAGUCAACAGUCAUCAGUCCACAGGGCACAGUCCACAAUCCACAGUCCGCAGUCCACAGUCCACAGUCAACAGUCAACAAUCAACUGUCAACAGUCGACAGUCAUGAGUCAACAGUCCACAAUCCACAAUCCACAACCAAAGUCCACAGUCCACAGUCCUCAGACCACAGUCCACAGUGCACAGUCCACAGUCAACAAUCAACAGGUAACAAACAACGGUCAACAGUCGAUAGUCAUCAGUCAACAGUCAACAGCCAACAGCCAACAGUCCACAGUCAACAGUCAACAGACUACAGUCAAUAGUCCAAAAUUCACAAUACACAUUCCACAGUCUACAGUCCACAGUCCACAAUGCACAGUCCACAGUACACAGUCCACAGUCCACAGUCCGCAGUCCGUAGUCUACAGUCCACAGUCUACAGUCCACAGUCCACAGUCCACAGUCCACAGUCCACAGUCCACAGUCCACAGUCCACAGUCAACAGUCUGCAGUCAACAGUCAACUGUCAAUAGUCGAUAG